CUCUUGCUGCGAAUUCUCGCAGAGGAGUGGUACUUCUGGGUCGGCGUGGAGUGGCGCUGGAAUUUGUUUGACACCAUCCUCGUCCUCUCCAUGCUCACCGACACGGUGCUGGUGCUGAUCGGACUGGACAUGAGCUAUAUCCGGCUUCUUCGACUCCUUCGUGCAUUGAGGAGCUUCCGCAUCAUCCGUGUGCUCCGCUUCUUCCGUGAGCUGCGUGUCAUGCUUCUGUCAAUCAUGAACUCGAUCGCCCCGCUACUAUGGGCGAUCGUGUUCCUGGCGCUGACCAUCGGUGUGUUCAGCAUCGUCUUUCUGCAAGGGGUGACCAGCUUCAUCCACGACGUCCUCUCCUCGAACGUGAGCAUCGAAGGUGUUCGCACGUACUACAGCUCCUUUCCCAUGGCUUCCUUCUCGUUGUUCAUGGCGAUUACCGGUGGCGACGAUUGGUGGAACCUCGUCAGGCCUCUAUUGGAGAUCUCCGAGGUCUAUGCUGUUCUCUUCGUGCUGUACAUCUCUCUCAUGGUCCUUGGGGUCAUGAACAUCAUCACGGGCAUUUUCGUGGAGAGCAGGGAGCUGCGAAAGCUUUUCAUGGAGCUGGACACAAACCGAGAUGGGACCAUCACUCUUCAGGAGUUCGAGAGCUUUGCAGCCCGAGCCGAUGUGCAGGCAUAUUUUUCCGUUCUGGAGCUGGACAUUACGAAGUUAGAUGUUGGUCUGGCCUACGGCCUGCUCGCGAUGGCGUUGAUGGCCUGCUUCGGGCUUCUUCUAGCCUGGCCCCUGUGUCUCGGACAGGAGGCAAAGGCUUCCAGCAAACUUUCCGACCUCGGUGCAGAUGGCUUGGAGACCUGGAAAAGUGGUGCCGAAGGGAGAAAGCUCAGUGAAGGAACUUUUGAGUGGAUUUUCCAGAAAGGGACCAGCCAGGACGAUCGUUUGUUGGCCGCGCAGGUGGACAGCUCUGGGGACAUCGUGGUCGCAGGCCAUUCCACUGGAAGCUUCGAGGGCUACACCAGCGCCGGGGAUUAUGACUUCGUUGUCAUGAAGCUCAGCGGUGCAGGAACUUUGCAGUGGAUCUUUCAGACCGGUACAACCGGGACCGAUCAUGCAGAAGCCGCGCACGUGGACAGCUCGGGCAAUAUCGUUCUUGCUGGGCAUUCCACUGGAAGCUUCGAGGGCCACGCCAAUGCAGGCGAUUACGACAUGGUCGUCAUUAAGCUCAGCAAUUCAGGAACCUUGCAGUGGAUAUUCCAGACUGGGACCAAUGCUGUUGACAACCUACGUGCCGUCCAGGUGGAGAGUUCUUCAGAGCAACUACCAAGCAUUUAA